GCCAGUCCUGUUCCACGGAGGCAGCGGCCACAGCACGCCGCUCCUCUGCCGUGUGCCGCCGCCGCCACUGUUCCCGAGCCUCUGGCUGGCUCACGAUAGAGGGGACCUAUUUAUAGUCGCGCCGACCUCGGGAAUAAUUCUGAGCCCGAACGAACCAACAUUUUGGCGCUGGGCGCCGAGGCGCGGCCGGCCUCGCGCCCCUCCCCGAUCCUAGGCGCUCUUUUUCCGGCGACAGCUCCGGCGCCCGCAGUGUGUGUGCGCGCAGCCGACGCCGACGCCGACGCCGCCUAUGCCCGCGACCGCGACCGCAGCCGCGCUCUCCCGAACCCUGUUGCGCGACGCGCCCUCCGUCCGGCACCUGCUGUGACGUCAACGCCGAUCGGCCCGCCAUGUAGCGGCAGCAGCAGCUGCUGCUGCUGCUGUGGGCACCGCGAGCGGUCCAGCCGCGACACGCCUCCGAUCCGACUCUGGUCCCUCUCACACAGCGACUCGGCGUGGAACCACUGCCGCCAAGGGAUACCGGAUGCCUGCAGUUAACACGUUUCCCGCCACCCAGUGUGCCUUCCGUCUUGGCUGCUGACAGCAAGUCACUCCCGUAGAGACGUCGGCGCCUUGAGGGACCUUUUGACACGUCUUCUAACAGCUGCUUGUGUUAUCACCGUGGUGUUUUACUAAGUGCCUUAACCGACUCUGGGCGGUCAACUUGGUCAGCAGUGUGUCCAACUCGAAAGCACGAGUGUGACGAAUAACCAGUUACGAAUUUGUUUUACUGAACACACGACGUAGGUCGAUCGACUAUUUUAGAUAUCAGCUAGUAUUCUCUGCAUUUGAAUUUGUAAAGCAGUAUUUUUACGUUGUGCUCAUUGUUUACGCGUCGGAUCUAGUGCAUUUCUGCGGCGUUCGCUUUAGUUUUUGUCGGUAUUGUAACUUUUGGUCAGGUUGAAGCGGAAAAGACAGCUUUCUAGUUUCACUCCGCGGAUUUAUAGGGGAAUUGUUGGUCUGGGUGUGAGUGUGAGGAUAACGCUUGCCUUUCAGGCAUAACGUUUCGCGGUUGUCGGAGUCAGAUGUUUGUAUGAAGCAGUAGCAAAAUAGUGCUAGUCCGAAGAUAGCUUUGACCGUCAGUAUUGAGGAAAUUUGUGCCGAUUCUGGAUACAGGUGGCGAAGGUGGUUCCUUUGGAAUGCAGGGAAGAGUGCCGGAGCAGCCUGGUGAGUGAGUGCGCGUGACAGAGUAUUGCUGCCGAGUAGCAUGAGGUCCAGAGUGUGCGGCGCCUUGCUGGCGCUGCUGAUAAUGACAGCGACGGUCCCGGGGCCAGGAGUAGGCUCGUGGACGCGCGACAGGUACCGGGGUGGUGGUGGAGGCGGCGGCGGCGGCGCCCAGACGAUGGUGACUCGCGAGGUGCGGAUCAAGCAGGGCUGGCUGCAGGGCCUGGUGAUGGAGCUGCAGAGCCCCAACCUCGGCCCCGUGGACGCCUUCCUGGGCGUGCCGUACGCGCUGGCGCCCGUCGGCUCCAAGCGCUUCGUGCCGCCGUCGGCGCCGCCGCCGUGGGAGGGCCUGCGCGAGGCGUUCAGCUACGCGCCCGUCUGCCCGCAGCGGCCACCCAAUAUGCAGGACGUCAGCGACGAGCGCUACAACUACCUCAAGCGCCUCCUGCCGUACCUCUCCAACACCAGCGAGGACUGCCUCUACCUCAACAUCUACGUCCCGCAGCAAGGUCAGUAUACAUCCGGUUUUCGCCUACCACCAUGCCGUCAUGGUACGUAAUACUUACAUUUUUGAUAAUUAAUGAUUAUAAAGCUACCGGGAUCCAGGUUUUGAGUGUUUUCCCUCCAUCCUUCCAAGAAGAUGCUGGAAUGACUCCUUUCAAACAGCACGGCCGAUUUUCUUCCCCAUCCUUAACAAAGUCCAGGCGUGUGAUCCGUCUCUAAUGUCCCCGAUGGCUACGGAACGUUAAAAAGAAGUCUUCUUUCCUUCCUUUGUGAUACUAAAGCUUCCUCAAAAAAUAAUUAUACACAGACACUCAAUCUGCUAGGCAUUGUCCUCGCAAAUAACAUCAGUUUUACAAAUGGUUUUGAAACUACUAACACAUAUUUAAUUGACGACGUCUGAAAGUCAACGUGUAACUAGCAAGAGAAACCUAUUUUUCCUCUUUUCUUUUUAAAUGAAUAUA